AUGCUAUCCGGUGAGAUUCCGAGCAGUCUUGGCCGUUGCAUAAGCUUGAGAGCGCUCUACAUUGAUGGUAACUCGUUUCAAGGGACCAUUCCUCCAUCUUUAAGUUCUUUGAGAAGUGUUGAAGUGUUAGAUUUUUCUCGCAACAAUUUGACCGGGCAAAUUCCAGAAUAUUUGGAGAAUCUUAUAUUUUUACAAAAUCUAAACCUAUCUUUCAAUGAUUUUGAGGGUGAGGUACCACUAGGAGGAGUUUUCCAAAAUGCAACUGCAGUUUCAGUUGUCGGAAAUAGUGAGUUGUGUGGGGGUGUUCCGGAAUUGCAGCUGCCUAAAUGCAGCAUCAAAGAAGCAUCGAAAAAACAUGGAAUCUCUUUUGCUGUAAAAUUAGCAGCACCCAUAUCUAGUGGGAUCUUGGUGCUAAUUUUGGUGUUGUUUUCUGUUUUUAUUUACAAAUGGAGACAGAGAAAGUUCAGCUCCGUGUAUAAAGGAAUUCUCGACGAAACUGAAACGGUUGUUGCUGUGAAGGUUUUAACUUCUUGUUCUAGCAUUGAUUUUCAAGGAAAUGACUUCAAGGCUUUGGUUUAUGCAUACAUGGAUAAUGGGAGUUUGGAUAGUUGGUUGCAUGAGAAUCCUAUGUUAGGGACAGAAAAUGAGAAGCCGCGUAGGCGGCUAAACCUACUGCAGAGAUUAAAUAUCGCCAUUGAUGUAGCUUGUGCCCUUGAUUAUCUUCAUUAUCAUUGUGGAACACCAUUGGUGCAUUGUGAUCUCAAGCCAAGUAAUGUGUUGUUGGAUAGUGACUUGCUUGCUCAUGUAGGUGAUUUUGGAUUAGCAAAGUUUCUUGCAGAGGCCACACCAACAUUUUCUUCAAACCAGGCCAACUCCAUAGGAAUAAUUGGGACCAUUGGUUAUGUUGUUCCAGAGUAUGUCAAGGGUUCUAGAGUGUCAACAUAUGGAGAUGUGUACAGUUAUGGAAUCCUCAUGUUGGAGAUAUUCAUUGGAAAAAGAACCACUAAUGACAUGUUUAAUGAUGGUUUGAACCUUCACAACUUUGCUAAGAUGGCUAUACCAGAACGGGUUAUAGAGAUUUCUGAUCUUGCUAUUUUCUGUAAUGAAGACGAGGAGAUAAUUAAAAGCUUUCAUACUGCAAAACAUGAGCAAAUUAAGGAGUGCCUCAUUUCAAUUUUUAAGGUUGGAAUUGCUUGUUCCAUGGAAUUGCCAUCAGAUAGAAUGAGCAUUGGUGAUGCAAUUACUGAACUGCAUUUGAUCAAAGUGGAUCUCCUUAGACAUAGGAUACAACAACAAGAAGGUGCAAAUGUGCACUAG